AUGGCAUCUUACGUUCCAUCUGAGCCUCCACAGCCGGAUAUAAUCUCGCCUAUGUCUCGUCGUGCUGCACCGGCUUCGUUAUAUCAGCUGCUGCAUAAUGACGCUGAAAACCAAUCGAGAUCUCCACAACGUCUCUCUGAAGUAGCAAAGAGUUUUGAAAAUGUUGCCUUGCCCAGUGAAAUGCCAAUUGGAAGCUACGUGCAUCUCUGGGAACCGCCGAAAUGGGGAGUAAUCAAGAUUUCAAAUAUUCCAUACUCUAUUACCAAGCAAGAGAUCGUUCAGUUCGUCGGUCGUCAGGCACGCCUGAUCACCCCUGACAAGGGGUGUGCUAUACAUAUCAUCAUGGAACGUUCUACUGCUAAAACUAUGGACUGCUAUGUUGAAUUCGAGACAAAAACAAAUGCACAGGAAACGGUCAACCGAAUCAAUCAGAUCUAUGAGACUGGUCGCCCUCCUCGUCUCGGUAAUCGACAUGUCGAUGUGGAACUUAGCAGUCAAGAUGCUCUUUUGAAGAACCUCUUUCCUCGUGCCAAGUGCGUCUCCUGGAAAGAUGGAAUCCCUUAUGCGUUGCCAAAUACAGACCCCUACUCUACUGGAUUUGCAGGCCUUUUCACCAGUGAGGAGAUAGUUGGUGCCAUUCGACAUGCGGAAAUGCCGCAUCGAUCGCCUUUCUGUGCCAAAUGCCCCCAGCGCACUUACGAGUCUACUAUUAGUACACUCUACAAGUUUCCUUGGUUUGCAACCAAGUUGUACACCGUUGAUGAGCGCAAUCAGUUGUUUGAUAUGACCAAUCGCCACAUCAUGUCUCUUGUUUCUCGGAUCAAAAGGUCGAAUACAGUGGGCCUUGAUCAGAGAUUGCUUCGAGAUCUUCUCUAUGCUGGGUUGAAUUGCCCGGCCUUCAAUGAGCGCCAGAAAUAUACACUCUGCGUCAACUCCGAGGACAUGAGAGAGAUUCUUCGAUUUUCAGAUUUGGAUAAGUGGUUUCCCUUUGACACUUUGGUCAAAAUCCCGCAGCAUAGUAGAACUACCCAUCGUUACUACGCGAGUUUGAUUUCGAAGGUCGGCAUUUCAGACUAUGACGUCCCAGGUCUACCUAACAAUUUCCCUACGGAAAAUGUCGAACUAUAUUCUCCAUACGGUCCUAUCUGGUUUGAAUGGGAGACAACUGUGGCCAAAGACAUGAUAUGGGAUGAUGCAGUCCAACAUGAGAUGAUCAUUCUCUGCAAUCUUGUUCUGAGCGGUUGGAUUAAUAGUGACAGGGAGUCUAAGGUUUCCGGAAGCUCUACUGAGUGCUCACCCUCUGACAGCGCCGCACAAAGCAACCUAGCUCUCUCGUCUACUGACAGCGGCAAGAGUCGAGCGUUCACCGAUUCUGCGACCAAGAUUGAGACAUUCGUUACUCACGCACGUCGUGCGAGUAUGGCUGUGACGUCGAGCGGCCCAUUUGGUACUUCCAACGAGAGCACCUGGAAUCAGAGGCUCCUUUUGUAUCCCUCGGCCAAAGCCAGGAGCAGACCUUACGGUCAUCGUAUCACUCAGUCGUCCCCAACAUGCUUUCCGUCUUCCGAGGAAAAGUAA